AUGACACGCAGUGACACGUGGUUGAAUAGAAAAUCGAUAAAUCCAAGUUGAUCUAACUGUUUAGCGAUCGUUUGUAAAAGUAUCGUGUAUUUAUAACCUUGCCUGAAAAUACACAUAAAAUUGGCACAGAAUUGUUCGAUCACAAGACUCGUUCUGGUAGAUAUGUAGAAUACAAACGAGGUUAGCUUAAUCACUUUCUAAAAUUUAUACUCCUCACUAUUCUUCAGUUUGUCAGUUUCGAUGCCAUGAAACGCUCUCGUAUCGCGCGAAUUUAUUUUUAAUCAUCAUCAUUUUAGUUAAAAGAAAAGGACGAUCUGUCAACCGAAUGGCGAUGUUUACAUCCAGAAGGCUGUUCAAAACCGUUGUUAUUGGAACAGUUGGAUUGGGUACUCUGGCAUCUCUUAGAACAAAUGAGUAUGAUAUCAGUGCCAUUGGUAUUGUACGCUUAAGCCGUGCUGCACUAACAGUGUUUGACAUAGGCCGUUAUUAUAAGAGAGAAUUAUAUGAUAGUAAAUUGGAUAAAACAUCACCGGAGUACUUGCAGCUGAAAUCAAAUGCUCACAAGUAUGGAGCGCAGAAACUCUUAGAGCUUUGUUGUACCAAUAAAGGAGUGUACAUCAAGGUAGGUCAGCAUAUAGGUGCGCUCGAUUAUCUGUUGCCCCAGGAAUAUGUACACACCAUGCGUGUACUGCAUAAUGCGGCACCUCAGUCCUCGUUCAAUGACGUACUUACCGUUAUUAAGGAGGAUUUUAAGAGGUCUCCGUAUGAGAUAUUUCAGAGCAUCGACCCAGAACCUCUGGGUACUGCUAGUCUCGCACAGGUGCACAGAGCCAUGCUGAAAAAUGGCGAUGUGGUAGCCGUGAAGGUACAGCAUCGUGCAGUCAAGAGUAACUCUUAUGUUGACAUUAAGACCAUGUCGACUUUGGUGCGCAUUACGUCGCUGAUAUUUCCGGAUUUCAAAUUUGACUGGCUAGUCAAAGAGACAAAGAGGAACAUUCCUCAAGAGUUGAACUUUACUCAGGAGGGCGAGAAUGCCGAGAAGGUACAAAGGCUUUUCAAGAACUAUCAUUGGCUAAAAGUACCAAAAAUAUACUGGGACUUGUCGUCAUCCCGCGUGCUCACAAUGGAGUUCCUGGAGGGCGGACAAGUGAAUGACCUAGAGUACAUGCAUGAUCAUCAGUUGAAUCCAUACGAGAUCACCAGCAAGCUCGGUCGUCUGUAUAGCCACAUGAUCUUUAUUGAAGGUUUCGUUCAUUCGGAUCCGCAUCCCGGUAACAUCCUAGUGCGCAAUCGCGACUCCCAGGCGGAAAUCAUUCUGCUGGAUCACGGUCUUUACGCCGAUCUAUCCGAUCAAUUUCGCUGGGACUAUUCAAAGCUAUGGCUGGCGAUUCUCGACAGCGAUCGAGUAGCUAUGAAGAAAUACUGCGGUCGUCUCGGUGUUGAGGAUUACUACGGUCUGCUGUCAGUUAUGGUGUCGGGCAGAACUUGGGAAACGAUUAUGUCAGGCGUGCGUAAAACUCGCUAUGACAUUAGCGAGAAGGAGAUGUUUCAGCAGAAUGUCCCAAACUUGCUGCCGCAAAUCAGCAAUGUGCUGGACCGUGUCAAUCGGCAAAUGCUGUUGAUUCUUAAAACCAACGAUCUCAUGCGCUCUAUCGAGUAUUCGCUGCAUACUCAAUCCAGGAUGACGGCCAUAAUAGAAAUGUCCAAGUGUUGCGUGCGUUCUGUAUAUGGCGAGAAGUUCCGACAAUGCUCGAGUGCAUGGGAUAAAUGCUGGGUGUCGUUAGCUGAACGCUGGGCGCUUCUUAAAUUAUCAUUCUAUUAUAUGUAUCUGGGCCUGAUACACUUCGACCUAAACAACUCGGUCAAUUCUCUAUGGACAAAGGACUUUUAUCCUUUUUAACA